AUGGGUUGUGCCCCCAAUGCUUCCCAUACUCCCAUAUUCUUGCUAGUGGGGCUAUGGAGAGGUGGACCUCCCAAUCAUCUUCUUUUCCCACUGUUCUUAGUUGCCUAUGUGGCUGCUGUGGUAGGUAACUUGAUUCUGGUCCUGCUCAUCUCUUGGGACUCACGACUUGGUACACCGAUGUACUACCUGCUUCGUGGCCUCUCUGUAGUGGAUGUAGGACAGGCCACAGUUACUUUGCCUCAGUUGUUGGCCCAUCUUGUCUCUCCCCAACCAAUUAUCCCUGCAGCCCGUUGCCUGGCCCAGUUUUUCUUCUUUUAUCUGUUUGCUGUCACAGACACACUGGUAGUGGCUGUUAUGGCACUGGACCGUUAUGUAGCCAUCUGUGACCCACUGCACUACUCAUCUUUGAUGAAUCGCCAUGUUUGUGACUGCCUGAUGGCUUCCUGCUUGAUCCUGUCCCUGCUCCACUCCCUUUUGCAUUCAGGGCUCUUACUACCUCUUCAGUGGGCUGGGGAUAGUGGGGGUGCUGUCUACAUCCCUCACUUUUUCUGUGACCACUGGCCUCUGGUUCGGGCAUCCUGCUCUAACAUCCAGUACAAUGUGCUGGCCAUCUUCUUAGAGGGUAGCUUAUUUGUGGCAGGUCCCUGCGCUCUCAUCCUGUUCUCUUAUGCCCGUAUUGCAGCUGCCAUCUUCCGCUUGCACUCAGCAGCUGGCCGCUGGAGGGCUGUGUCCACUUGCAGUUCUCACCUCACCAUGGUUAGCUUCCUCUACGGCACUGUCAUUUGGGUCUACUUGCAGCCACCCUCCCACAACUCUCCAGAGCAGGACAUGGCAGCUGCUGUGAUGUAUACAGCUAUUACUCCUCUGACCAACCCAUUUGUCUACAGUUUCAGAAAUAAGAAUGUUAAGAAUGCUCUCCACAGACUUCUGAGUUCCAGUAGAGUGAACUCCCAGUUGGAUUGGCCCUGA